CCGGUUUGGCGUUAGCUUCUGGCCAGGCAAAAGUUACUUCUAAUUUGGCUAGUUAUUGGUCAGGGUUUGUUAUUUUGUUUGUUAUGUUUGGAAGUUUUAACUACUUUGGCAUGUUUCCUAACCUCUUAUUACUCUGUUUGCACUUACGUCAAGGCUGUGUCGUUGAGAAUUAUUGUAACGUUAACUUUAUAGUUAACUUUAGCGUGUUUCCCUUUCACAUCACCCAACUACACAUCGACUAGAGAUGAAGAGAGCAAGAGGCGGUGGUGACGAGGAGGGUCCCCGGCAGAAUGGCUCUGCUGGCCGCAGGAAAGGAGAUCAACAGCAAAGUGAUGGGGACGACGGUGACUCUGCCUUCGGCCCAGCUGACCUACAAGACGACGAUAAUGAUCCGGGUCUCAGGAGAGAAAUACGGAGCAAGUACAGAGACCUCAUCAACUCCGUGCAACAGAAUAGAGAAGACAUGCUGAGUCCCUCCAACAACAAACUCACAGAAGUUUUAGAACAGGCAAACAAGCUUUUUAAAGAUGUUCGGCAGGCGAGGGAAGCAGCUUUAGAUGCCCAGCUCCUUGUUGUAGCCACAGACUUGGGAAAGGAGAAAGCAAGCCAACUGUUUGCUGAGGGCACAGCUUUUGAUCCCACGGCUUUUGCUGAACAUCUUUUGUCCUUCAUGGGUCUCAACCGACUAGAAGACGGGGAGGAGGAGCAGAACGGAGGUGCAGUUGAUGGCUACCUGCCCCAGGAUGCCUGGCACAGAGUGGCCAGGAGGGCAGAGUGCUGUUUCAGGACUGCACCCUCCUUUCACUAUAUGAUGGGCUCAUUCCAUGCAGAACCACCUCCCCCAAAGCAAAAGACUGAACGGCAAAGGAAAGCACCCAGCAAGGAAGCCAAAAGGAUAAUGCCUACUCAGCUGAAGAAAAUGGAAGAGUCCCAUCAAGAAGCAACAGAGAAAGAGGUGGAAAGGAUCCUAGGAUACCUGAAGAGUUAUUACCAAGAUGACCCAACAUCACCAAUAUCGUAUUACGAGUUUGUCAUUGACCCCAGCUCGUUUUCCCGGACAGUAGAGAACAUUUUCCACACGUCUUUUCUGAUCAGGGAUGGUUUGGCACGAAUGUAUCUGGAUAGUGCCAAAUUGCCCUGUAUAGCACCUGUAGAGGAGGGGGAGGUGGAAGCUGGAGGAUCAUGCAGUCGUAAACAGUGCAUCAUCUCUAUCAGCCCAAAAAUGUGGAAGGAGCUUAUAGAUGCCUUUGACAUCAGAGACACAAUGAUUCAGCCUCCAAACACAGAAUAAGCGAGGGAAUACAUCUCUCUUUGUUAUCUGAAACCAGAAUUGUUUUUAGGUGUGUUGCUGGUAAUUUUAAAGCUCUGAAUAAUGACUAAAUUACUAAAUUAUAAUUGUUUAAUUUUUUUACUGUUUUUAGAUGUUACAAUAAUAAAAGAGAAAAGAUAAA